GUCAGAAUCUGAGGAAUCUGACUGUCAUAACCUCAGAAAUUGCUUGGAGAAAAACAGCGGGGGAUUUUCAUUGAUUUCCCUGCAGUUUUGCGGCAACGUACCUGAAUUUCUAAUGGAAAUUGAUUGAGCUGUGUGAUGAUGAAAAACUUGGUGGUGUUCAAGUCUGCAGUUGAGGAGAGUUUCCAGCAGGAAAUGCUCGAGAAGUUCUCAGAACAUCACAUUUCCGCGACUUUCAUUUCUCCUCUGAUCUUCAGCUUCAAAAACCUGCAAUCCUGGGGUAGAAUUCUCAAGGAGAGCAACACUAAAUUCACAGGAAUUAUCUUCACCAGUCCCAGGGCAGUUGAGGCAUCUGCAGAGGCUAUCGAAGGAGAGAGCGUCCAUCCUUCAUGGCAAGAGGCUUGCAAUUACUGUGUAGGACCAUCCACUUCCAUUUUGCUGGCUUCGAAAAUUAAUCUUCACUGCCAUGGAGAAGAAUCAGGCAAUGCUGAAGCACUUUCGGCCUUCAUUUUGCAGGAUUUGCACAAGAAAGGCAUAGCGAAUGGCACUUUUCUCUUUCCCUGUGGAAACUUAAAGCUUGGCAUUUUAGAGAGAAAACUCCAAGAAGGUGGAUUUGCAGUGAAUCCCAUUGAAAUUUACGAAACAAUCUGUAAUCCGACACUUGGAGAGGAGAUAGAAAACAAUUUCCCAGAGAAUGCAGAAUUCUUGCUGUUCUACAGUCCUUCAUGUGUGAAAUUCACACUUCCACUCCUCCGAGAAAAGUGCAAUGCUGUGGAGAAAUUCAAGUUUUUGGCAAUUGGACCGAGUACGAAGAAGGCAAUUGAAGAAGAAGGUUUAGAAGUCUUCAAGGCAUGUGAGAAGCCCACGUUCGAGUCUGUUCUGGAGGUGCUGUCGUGAAUUCUAUUAAAUUUUACAGGUGUUGUUUUAUUAAAAUUGAACAAAUACUAAAAGUG